GAACUGAGACCAAGGGUAAGGGGAGACACUGCUGUAGAGAAAACCCUAGAAAAAAACACAGCAGAUGUUGCGCUGCUGGGUUAGUCGGAUUUCUCAGACACGGCAGGCAAGAGGCGCGCAGACUGUAAACGAGAAAAACGGGUCACUUGGACUUCAUGGUGAGGAGCUCGUGCUCACUGAAAGACAAGCCCCGGGUCAGGCGGAGCAUCUUGGUGCGCAGUGGUAUCUGGAAGUCGGGGGACUCCCGGACCGGAACAAGGAAACAAACCCUACAGUCAGAUUCGACGGGAAAGAAUUAAAUAGCCGGCUCCCGGGCCUCAGGGUCAAGUACGUCUUCUUGGUCUGGCUGGGCGUCUUUGUGGGCAGCUGGAUGGUGUAUGUGCACUACUCGUCCUACGCGGAGCUCUGCCGAGGGCACGUCUGCCAGGUGGUUAUCUGUGACCAGUACCGCAAGGGCAUCAUCUCUGGCUCCAUCUGCCAGGACCUGUGCAGCCUGCACGAGGUGGAGUGGAAAGCGUGUCUGUCCUCUGUCCCAGGGCAGCAGGUGUAUAGUGGGCUGUGGCAGGGCAAGGAGGUGACCAUUAAGUGUGGCAUUGAGGAGGGCCUGGACCCCAAGGCCAGGUCGGAACCAGCCCCCCGGCAGGAGCUGCUGCUGUUCGACAAGCCCACCCGGGGGACGUCAAUCAAGGAGUUCCGAGAGAUGACCCUCAGCUUUCUCAAGGCGAAUCUGGGAGACCUGCCCUCCCUGCCCGCGCUGGUCGGGCAGGUCCUGCUCAUGGCCGACUUCAACAAGGACAGCAGGGUGUCGCUGGCCGAGGCCAAGUCGGUGUGGGCCCUGCUCCAACGGAACGAGUUCCUGCUGCUGCUGUCUCUCCAGGAGGAGCAUGCAUCCCGGCUGCUGGGAUCGUGCGGGGACCUCUAUGUCACCGAGGGGAUCCCCCACAGCUCCUGGCACGGAGCCGCUCUCCCGACCCUGCUGCGCCCACUGCUGCCCCCUGCCCUGCACACGGUGCUCCAGCAGUGGUUGGGGCCCGCGUGGCCCUGGAGGGCCAAGAUCGCCAUCGGGCUGCUGGAGUUCGUGGAGGAGCUCUUCCACGGUGCCUACGGGACCUUCUACAUGUGCGAGACCACGCUGGCCAACGUGGGCUACACGGCCCAGUACGACUUCAAGAUGGCAGACCUGCAACAGGUCGCGCCCGAGGCCACCGUACGCCGCUUCCUGCAGGGCCGGCCCUGCAGGCACAGCGCUGACUGCACCUAUGGCCGGGACUGCAGGGCACCCUGCGACAAGCUCGUGCGCCAAUGCAAGGGCGACCUCAUCCAGCCUAACCUGGCCAAGGUGUGUGAGCUGCUGCGGGACUACCUGCUGCCCGGCGCCCCUGCCGACCUGCGGGAGGAGCUGGGCCGCCAGCUGCGCACCUGCACCACGCUGAGCGGGCUGGCCAGCCAGGUGGAGGCGCACCACUCGCUGGUGCUGAGCCACCUCAAGACCCUGCUCUGGAAGGAGAUCUCCAACACCAGACGCUCUGGCAGUGCAGCUGCGCAGGACUUCAACAGACGUCCGGGAACCACUGGAUGGGAAACCCACCACCAUCUCCCUGUCCAGCCCCAAGGGGCAGUGCAGGUGGCUCCCUCUGCCUCCGUUCUGGGAAGUGGAGGGCAAACCCCAGGAGGCUCAGGGAGCUGGGGGAAGGGCUGUGCCCCCAUCCCGGGUCGUGAUGGGCCAGAGAGCCUACUCCCCGUAAGUCCUUGGGGGCCGCUGACCUUUGCAGGCUUAGCUUAGCGAGUGGUUA